AUGACAGAAGCACAAAACAACAUCAGCACAUACCAGUCUGCUCUUCUUGCUCUCAAAUCUCAUAUCACCACUGACCCUCAAAACAUCUUGGUCAACUGGUCAACCACCACCUCCGUUUGCAACUGGGUUGGCGUUACUUGUGGCGCUCACCACCUUAGAGUUGCAGUCUUGAACCUUUCUUACAUGGGACUCACCAGCACCAUUCCUCCGCACCUCGGCAACCUCUCAUUUCUUGUUGAGCUGCGCUUGAGAAACAAUACCUUUCGUGGCACCUUGCCCCAAGAAUUUGUUAGAAUAGCAAUAUUGAACAGAGAUUUAACAGAGAGAAGCAGAAAAUCUUAG